GUUCCAGUUCUUGAAAGGCGUUCACGUUCUUUUGUGUCCUUUUGUUUACAUCGUGCGAUGGUCUGCCAUUACUGGCGCUUAAAAGGCUCUUGUCCACCAAAGAACACAAGUGAAUUUGUAUGGGAAUGCGAGAACGAUGUCCAAACUUUUUGGUGGCCGUAACACAAUCCAACAAAGGGUUUAUGAUAUGAUGGCUAUCGCCGAAAAGACAGGUUAACCAGAUUAUGUUUUGUUGUAUGUGAUUAAUGACCCUGGAGACCAAGUCCAAACUUUUUAAGCAAAAAUGGAGAAAAGUUGGUAUUCAUUUAAGACCAAAGGUGGCAUAACUUUAUUUUACUACAACUCUGAUUCAGGAGAACACAGAUGGGCAAGCAGCUUUGAACCUUUACAGUGCACGAAAGUUCAACCAGAAGAAGUGCCACUCAUAAAGAUGUGUAAAAACGGCUACAAGAUGCCGAAGAAAAAACAGAAAACUUAUAAAUCAACAGGAACAGAAACAGAGGAGUAUAUCCUGGUACAAUAUACUACGAGUAAGUCUGUUAGAGAUAUAGGCAUCAAUGCUGUUGCAAGGAACGUUUUCAGCUCGUUUGAUGAUGAUGAUGACAUAGCUGAACCUGUUUCUCGGAGUUUUUUUGCUUCAUCAACAAGAAGCCCCUUUGCUUCAGACCAACCACUUUCCAAAACGCAAGAAAUUGUUGAACAAGUGCCGGAUAUUGGUCCAAACGAGGGAUCCCUUGUCGAUAACCUGUUUGCAAUGGAGUUCUCGUCAGCUCUUUCUACCGAGGACAAACUAAAAGGAGAUUCGUGUAAUAAGUUUAGGCAAUUGCAAAAGUCUGCAGGUGAACCAGAAAAUAGGUUGCCAUCGGUGCUUCAACGCGUUGAUUCACUUGUGGUGUCAGAAUCUAUUCAAGUGCCGACUUUUUCUGGAUAUUCUUAUUCAACGAACGAGGAAGGUGUAGAAAAUGAAGUAGUUAAUGCAGAUAGGAUAGAAAAUGAAAAUGACUCACCAAAGGGGUGCUAUUUAGGACUGAGAGUUGGAAAAGAAGGAAGAAUAUACGUAAAAUCCGAACCUGAUGAUGAACAACUCGAGCAAGAAAUUAAAGACGAAACCAAUUGCAAAAUAAAACAAGAAAUAUGCCAAGAUGAUGAUGAUGGUGGUGGUGAUGAUGGUGAUGGUGAUGGUGAUGGUGAUGUGGCAAAGUUCAGUAUUUUAGAUUUUCUUCCAGAUCAUCCUGCCAAUGAAGAUGGCGGCAGCAACAGCAAGAGAUACCCGAUUAAAUGCGAUAAAUGCGACAAAUCAUUCAAAAAAGUGUCGCAUUUGAAACGUCACAUGUUAAUUCAUACGAACAGCAAGCCUUACUCGUGUAAAAUCUGUAGCAAGAGCUUUCGAGAAGCGAAUUGCCUGAAGAAGCACAUCCGAAUCCAUACUGGUGAAAAACCUUACAAUUGUUCGAUUUGUGACAAAGCGUUUUCUCAGUCACAGAACCUGAACAAACAUAUGAAUAUUCACACGGGAAAUAAACCCCACAAGUGCAAAGCAUGUGGAAAAGCAUUUUCGCAGCAUAGUCACUUGGCAAGACACAAACUCAUUCAUACGGGAGAAAAGCCGCAUCAAUGUACUAAAUGUGGAAAGGCGUAUAGAACAUCUAGCCAUCUUGUACGACAUCAGAAAUCUAGUAAUCAUUAGGAAGAAAUUAAUAAAGGGCUGAUUUUGAAAAAUAUGAGAGGAUAUGGGGUACAAUACAUCUUAGUAUUGGAAGCAAAGGGCUUAUCUUUGAAAGGCGUUCGCGUCAUUUUACUUGCAUGCCAUCUUCACUAGAAGCAAGCAGCUUGGGCAAAUAUAGGAUACUGGAAGGUGGUCAUCUUAUUGGAAGCAAAAGUCUUGCCUUUGCCCGGGAAGGAGUUUGAGUCAUCUUGCAUGCCAUCUUCAUUGGAAACAAAGUGCUUGCCUUUGGAAGGAGAUCGCAGGGUGAUGAAUUAAGACAUCUGGUCAUCUUGCAUGCCAUCUUCAUUGGAAACAAAGUGCUUGCCUUUGGAAGGAGAUCGCAGGGUGAUGAAUUAAAACAUCUGGUCAUCUUGCAUGCCAUCUUCACUGGAAACAAAGUGCUUGCCUUUGGAAGGAGAUCGCAGGGUGAUGAAUUAAGACAUCUGGUCAUCUUGCAUGCCAUCUUUAUUGGAAACAAAGUGCUUGCCUUUGGAAGGAGAUCGCAGGGCGAUGAAUUAAGACAUCUGGUCAUCUUGCAUGCCAUCUUCAUUGGAAACAAAGUGUUUGCCUUUGGAAGGAGAUCGCAGGUCGAUGAAUUAAGACAUCUGGUCAUCUUGCAUGCCAUCGUCAU